CGUUUGCGCCACACGUAUUAAGAUGUUAUGCCCCCCACGCAUUCUGAUCAGAACCAGUGGCCCCCCCCCACAGUAGUGUACAUAACAACUGGACUCAAUUAACAAACAAUCAAGUUAAAUGUGUACAGCAGCUGGUCAAAUUUUCAGCGCCCUAUUGAGACAAAGCGUACUUCUGCGUAAUGUAUACGCGGUCAGGUCGCUAUCAGAGUCCCGCGGGCUGAGCACGGAUUCUGGAUUCAGGAUUCAGGACUCUUCUCCUGCAGCGACAAGAACCCCCACUGUAGCCCUAGCUCAAAAAUCGAAUCCAAAAACAGUGAGUGAUUUCCAAGAGCUCUACGAAACCACAAAAAAGAAGUUUCAAUCCAAAAAGCUGCCAGCGGAUGUGCAUCCAGAUGCUGUGUUCGCAUGCAACGAGCUUGACCUCAGCGAGGUGCAGGUCUAUGGAUUCGACUAUGACUACACACUGGCCUGCUACAAGCCCAUUUUGGAGGAUCUUCUGUACAAUUUGGCCAGGGAGAUGCUGGUGAAGCGUUUUAGGUAUCCCGAAGAAAUUUUGGAUCUGGAAUACGAGCCGAACUUCGCUGUGCGCGGGCUGCACUAUGAUGUGGAGAAGGGACUGUUGGUCAAAUUGGACUCAUUCCUGCAGCUGCAGCUGGGUUCUGUCUACCGGGGGCGAACUAAGGUCGGAGCCGACGAGGUGCUCAAGCUAUAUCACAACCGCCUGCUGCCCAUUGCCUAUGUUGAAGGACCGAAUAACAACUACAAUCACAAUACCAACUCGAAAAUGGUUCAGCUGGCUGAUCUGUUUUCGGUACCUGAAAUGUGCCUCCUGUGCAAUAUAAUCGAAUAUUUCGAGCGGAAUCGCAUCGACUACAAUCCAGAGAUCGUUUUCCAUGACACAAGAACGGCCAUGGGCUCCUGUCAUCCCAUCAUGCAUGGCAAAGUGAUGGUCAAUACCGCCAAGUACAUCGAACGCAAUCCCAAGCUGGUCAUGUUCUUUGAGAAACUGCAGAAAGCGGGAAAAAAUCUCUUUCUGGUCACCAACAGUCCGUUUUCCUUUGUGAACUGUGGCAUGACGUUUCUUGUGGGCGCCAAUUGGAGAGAUUUCUUCGAUGUGGUUAUUGUACAGGCGCGCAAGCCAAAGUUCUUCACCGACGAAUCUCGGCCCAUAAGGCUCUUUGAUGAGAAGACGAGAUCCCAUCUCUGGGAUCGUGUCUUUAGUUUAGAGAAGGGAAAAAUAUAUUACGAAGGCUCUGUGCGACAGCUGCAGGAACUGAAGGGCUGGCGCGGUCAUUCGGUGCUUUAUUUUGGCGAUCAUCCGUACAGUGACCUGGCGGAUGUCACUCUGAAGCACAGCUGGCGGACAGGGGCAAUCAUCAGUGAGCUAGCGCAUGAAAUACAGACCCUUAACCGAAAGGACUUCAAGAUGAGCGCCAACUGGCUUCAGAUGCUGACGCAGCUCAUCGAGGAUACACAGGACGACGAGAGUGAGCCGGCCCAGGCUUGCCUGCGCGACUGGAUGGAGGAGCGGGAUCAGUUGCGCAACAAGACGAAGAAUGUGUUCAACGAGCAGUUCGGGAGUGUUUUCCGCACGUAUCACAACCCAACGUACUUCUCGAGGCGGCUGUUCCGUUUUGCCGACAUCUAUACAAGUGACAUAACCAACUUGCUCAAGUUCUCGACAACACAUACGUUUUAUCCGCGACGUGGCGUGAUGCCGCACGAAUAUGCCUCGCACUUUAUUUAGACAAGAGGACCGAUAGUGAUCUGACCCCUGGCAGGCAGGAAGUUUAGUUUAUGUAGUCGUAGGACAAAAAGUGCCAGUGCUCAAGAAUUUAUGUAGCUCGAAACUAGUGGAAUUUAUAUUGUGUAUAGCGUUAUUUACAUUGUUGCUCAAUAAAAUCGUUGUAAUAGUU